AUGCGCGCUGCGACCGUGAUGCACGCCCCCUGCCCCCCGGCCUCGGUGCGCGCUGGCGCCGGGCGGACGGACGCGAGGCUCGGCGCUCCCGCGCUCCUCAGAGCCGGGCCUCACACCCGCCUCGUCCUGGGGCGCAACGCGGCGCUGGCGCGGGCGCACGUCGCCGUGCCCGCUCGGCGCUGCGUCCUGAGGCGCGGAAAGAAGAAGACGGACGACAUGGAGGGCCCUGAGAUGGAAGAGAAGGACGAGAACAAGAAAAAACAACGGAAGAAGGACAAGAAGGACAAAAAGAGGGACGAGAAGAAGGGCGAGGGCGAGGUGGACAUGGCGCGCGACGCCGCCGAGGGCGGCUCGAUCUCCGCUGCCCUGCAGAGCAUGAUCGACAUCCAGUCGCGCAUGGUCGACUCCCAGCUCCGGGCCAUUGAGGACGAGCGGCGCUACAUGCGCGAACGCGAGCGGCAGCUCACCGACGAAAUCAGCGAGCUCCGCCGCGAACUCCUCGCGGUCCUCCGCGCCCAGAACGGCCCCGCGGCGCCGGCCCCGCCCGCCACCCCGCCGCCCACGCCCGCGCCGGAGCCCGCAACGCCCGCGCCCGCCGCCCCGGCCCACGGCGUCGUCUUCGGGAAAGGCCCCGCCACGAGCGCGCCCGCGGCGGCCCCGGCGCCCGCGGCCCCGGCCAGGGAGCCCGAGACUCCCCCCCGCCUCCCCGCGCACAUCAACACCACCGGAAAGCCCAUCGACAUCCCCCCGGAGCGCCGGCCGAAGGGCCCGCCGCCCGAGAUGAGCGACGGCUCGGACGACAUCUUCUGGGUCCACCAGCUGCACCAGUCGCUCAUGGCCAAGGGCUACUACGCCGGCGACGACGAGAUCGAGGCGUUCUUCUUCGGGGAGACGACGCUGCGCGCGGUGCUGACGUUCCAGGCGUGCGAGGGCCUCGAGGAGUCCGGCACGGUCGCGGAGGCCGAGUGGAAGACGCUGCUGGGCAAGAAGAUGGUUCCGAAAGACUGGCCGGUCAACCCCGCGGAUCUGGAGGCGCUGGAGGCGGCCGAGGCGUACAGCGGGGCGCUCGCGGAGAGCGGCGCCCUCCCAGCGACGCAGCCGACCACCCCGGUCAGCGCCGACCCCGAGGCGGACGGCCGGUCGUCGCUCGUGAGCGACUUCUUCAAGCAGUUCGGCGUCCCGGACACCGACUCGGAGCCCGAGGACCUGUCCAGCGACGGCGACGACGUGCCCGCGCCCGCGCCGGCCAAGCCCGACGGGUGGCCCACGCUCCGGGAGGGCGACGGCGACGAGAACGUGCACAAGCUCCAGCUCCUGCUGAUGCGGAAGGGCUUCUUCAGCGGCGAGGAAGACAUGAAGUGGUGGAUGAUGGGGGACAGCACGAUGGAGGCGCUGAAGACGUACCAGGCGAGCGAGGGCCUCCCGGAGAGCGGGAUCGCGACGGCGAAGGUCUGGCGCCUGCUCCUGGGCGACGCGAACGCGGAACCGGGCGCGCUGGCCGACGUGCGCGCCGAGUCGGAAACCGAGAUGGACUACAGCCAGGACAUGAGUCAGGACACCGACGGGAUGGUGUACCUGCUCGGGGAGCAGCGCUGGACGCGCGUGUCGAAGGAGUCGGGCCAGUAG